CUUGUAUGCACACUGUCCAAAAUCAAAUUCCAUCACCAAAAAUCAUGAAAAAAUGUUCACUAUUUUUCUGCCUGUUGAUUGUAGUAGGCUUUGUGAAACCCGAUCCCGAUCCGCUCCAAGAUUACUGCAUUGCAGAUACAAAAACUCCGCAAACUUUCUUCUGCAAUGGGGCACCAUGCAUUGAUCCUGCCCAAGCAAAAGCUUCUCAUUUUGCCACUUCUGCUUUGUCCAAGCCUGGUAACACCCGAGGCAACCCGUUCGGCUUCAAUGUCACUCUUGCCAAUAUCAGGAACUUACCAGGACUCAACACAUUGGGCUUAACUAUGGCUCGGGUUGAUAUAGCACCAGAUGGCCUUAUACCUCCCCACGCCCAUCCUCGUGCCUCAGAGGUGACUACACUAAUUAAAGGGUCACUUCUUGUCGGAUUUGUGGACACGUCUAAUCGUCUGUAUACUCAGCAAUUGCGGCCUGGUGACACAUUUGUCUUCCCUAAAGGCCUUGUCCAUUAUUUAUACAAUCUGGACUCAAAAUCCGCAGCUUUGACAGUAUCAGGCCUGAAUAGCCAGAAUCCUGGUGCACAAAUUGCGUCGCUUGCUUCAUUCACGUCAAAGCCGUCCAUACCUGACGUAAUUCUGACCAAGGCGUAUCAGAUUAAUGGUCAAGAUGUAACGAAGAUUCGACAGAACCUUGGCGGGUAAUUUCAUUUGAAAUGGGAAUUACCAAUAAGAUGAAUGUGCACUUUUGUUGUUAAAAUCGAACAUGUUCAAGUCCUGUCGUAAAUAUUUCAUGCAAUUUUUGCUAAAAACCUCCUCCAUACCAGAUCAUAAGUGUACCGAGACUAUAACAGUUUCAUCAUCAUUUUACAUUGAGUUUUCACACGAAUCAUGAUAUUCUUAUUACA